GCAGGCCACUUCUGCCUUUGGAAAGUGUUUCACAACGUCUCGUGUGUGUGAGGACAGCCGAGCUCAGCUGAAGCUGGGUAAGAGGGUGUGGGCUCACACUCUGACAUCCAGAGAGGAAACGUGGUGUGAGAGGCUGCCCAGCACAGCGUUCACACACACGGAGGGCCUGACCUGCUGUGAUCAUGACAGGUGACAGUGGCCCCCAAAGUCCAAGCAGGCCCACGUAUGGCUCCAUCUCCAGCUCAUCCAGUGCAGAGCCACAGCAAGCACCUCCUGGAGCGACCUACCUGAGUGAGAAGGUCCCCAUCCCGGACACAGAACCGGGCACGUUCAGCCUGCGGAAGCUGUGGGCCUUCACGGGGCCCGGUUUCCUCAUGAGCAUCGCUUUCCUGGACCCAGGAAACAUCGAGUCGGAUCUGCAGGCUGGCGCUGUGGCUGGAUUCAAACUGCUCUGGGUGCUGCUGUGGGCCACGGUAUUGGGCUUGCUCUGCCAGCGACUUGCUGCCCGGCUGGGCGUGGUGACAGGGAAGGACUUGAGCGAGGUCUGCCAUCUCUAUUAUCCCAAGGUGCCCCGCACCCUCGUCUGGCUGACCAUCGAGCUCGCCAUCGUAGGCUCGGACAUGCAAGAGGUCAUCGGCACAGCCAUAGCCUUCAGCCUGCUCUCGGCUGGACGAAUCCCUCUCUGGGGUGGCGUCCUCAUCACCAUCGUGGACACUUUGUUCUUCCUCUUCCUCGAUAACUACGGGUUGCGGAAACUGGAAGCCUUUUUUGGAUUCCUUAUUACCAUUAUGGCCGUGACCUUCGGCUAUGAGUACGUAGUGGCACGUCCAGCUCAGGGAGCACUUCUUAGAGGUCUGUUCCUGCCCUCGUGCCCCGGCUGUGGCCAGCCAGAGCUGUUGCAGGCUGUGGGGAUCGUUGGCGCCAUCAUCAUGCCCCACAACAUCUACCUGCAUUCGGCCCUGGUCAAGUCUCGAGAGAUAGACCGGACCCGCCGGGCGGACAUUCGAGAAGCCAACCUGUACUUCCUGGUUGAGGCCACCAUUGCCCUGUCUGUCUCCUUCUUCAUCAACCUCUUUGUCGUGGCUGUCUUUGGGCAAGCCUUCUACCAGCAAACCAACCAGGACGCGUUCAACGUCUGUGCCAACAGCAGCCUCCACAAGUACGCCAAGAUCUUCCCCAUGAACAACCAAACAGUGGAUGUAGACAUUUACCAAGGGGGCGUAAUCCUGGGCUGCCUCUUCGGCCCUGCAGCCCUCUACAUUUGGGCAGUGGGUCUCCUGGCAGCCGGGCAGAGCUCCACCAUGACCGGCACCUACGCGGGACAGUUUGUGAUGGAGGGCUUCCUGAAGCUGCGGUGGUCACGCUUCGCCCGAGUCCUCCUCACUCGCUCCUGCGCCAUCCUGCCCACUGUGCUCGUGGCUGUCUUCAGGGACCUCAGGGACCUGUCAGGCCUCAAUGACCUGCUCAACGUGCUGCAGAGCCUGCUGCUUCCCUUCGCUGUGCUGCCCAUACUCACCUUCACCAGCAUGCCCGCCCUCAUGCAGGAGUUUGCCAAUGGCUGGCUGAGCAAGGCCAUCACUUCCUCCAUCAUGGCACUGGUCUGUGCCAUCAACCUCUACUUUGUGGUCAGCUACCUUCCGGGCCUCCACCAUCCCGCCUACUUUGGGCUUGUAGCUCUUCUGGCCGCAGUCUACCUAGGCCUCACUACCUACCUGGUCUGGACCUGUUUCAUCGCUCACGGAGCCACUCUGCUGAUCCACAGCUCCCACCGACACUUCUUGUAUGGGCUUCCUGAAGAGGAGCAGAAGGGCGAGCCCUCCAGAUGAACUCCCACCCAGGCCUGACUAGGCUGUGAAAUGAGUGGGGCAGACUGGACUUCUGGUCAUAAGGGUAGGGGCUGUGGAGGCAGAGCAGAUGGAGUGGGCAUUUUGGAAGCAGGCCAACCUGAGUUCCAUAGAAACCUGCUGUUUCCUAGCUUAGACAAGUGAUUAAGUUCCAGGUCUCAGUGUCUUCAUCUGUGAAAUGGGACACCAACCUCGCAAUGGUUGUAAAGCGCUUUAACACAGUGCCUGGCACUGGGACUUUAAAAAAAAUCAUCCCCAAAGUAUUUAUUGAGCACCUGUGGGAGUCACCUGACUGACCUAGUUGGGGGCAGGACACAGGCUUCAAAUAGCAUUUAAAAUAGAGCUGAUAAAUGCUAAACAAGGCUAGUUUGCUUCUCGCCCAAAAGAGCAGGGCGAACGGAAACAGGGAAAACACGAAAUCCCUGAACCAUCAAGGAGAGCACCCUACUCCAUGUCUCCUCCUCUUGCUGUCUCCCUUCUAUUCUCGCUGGAGUGGUCUCAGCAUUUUUGUUUCACCAGCAACCCAUUUUCCAGGCAGUAUAACCGAGGCGCGGUUCUCCCCCGUUCAGGCGCCAGGUCGUAAGGAACCCAAGAGUCUGUGCCUCGGAAGUCCAAUUCAUUUGCCAUCUCCCCAGGGAACCUGGCGGCUGGGACUCCCACGCCGCGCCGUUAACUCUCCCUAGGCGCUGACUCCCAGCUCCCCUUAGGGGCAGGGACGGUCCCGGGCGCCUGCACUCCCCGCCUCGGCCUCACCCAACCCGGCCAAAGAGGAGAAGGCGGGUACUCGGGCCUCACGCCCCGGAGCCCUGACUUGGAGGUGUGGGUAGGGGGAGCUGUGAGGGUGGGGAACCCCCUCUGCUGCUGGGAGUAGCCCGGCUAUCCUUCGCCUCACGCAGGGACUGCACUUUACAGACGCUCCCUGGGCUGUUUCUAGGCUCCCCCAAGUCCUUCCUCCGGCCUCUUUCCGUCGCUCCCACCCCAACCCCAGAGCUGCGGAGAGCGGCGAUAAUGAGGGGUCGCCGGACUUUUCCCCUGGGUUGAGCCCGGGCCGGGCGCUAUGCUUGGAAGCACCCUCGAUUUCCCGGGGAUCCGGCGGGGCAAGCUCCGCGCUCAGGUCGGGGCGCUUGUUUAUGAGAAGAAUUUCCUCUUUCUUAAAAGGGCAACAACGGCAGUGGGGCCCUCAGGGAGGGACGGAAUAGGACGGCUCUGGCUCAGUCAGAGCAACAGUGGGGGAGAUUACCUGGGCAAGAAGGCUGUUCAAUAAUCCCCUUACCCGGACUUGGCCCUGGAGAAGAUGGGGUCCACGCCAGCUGAAGGAGGGGGUGGGUAGAGGUCCGAUAGUGGAGAAAGGCAUCUCCUAGCCCCUUUUUCAGCUUCUUGGAGGUGCCUCCAGCUGUACCCACUGCACCCCGCUCUGGUCAAUUCACUACGUAGGUACUAAAUGGGCACCAGCCCUGUGUUAGAUGUGGGGGAGGGAGGCAAAGUUCCAAUUAAAGACG